AUGAAAUGUGGUGGCGACUUCCCGGUAACCAUCAACAAUCGACAACUAUUUAACGACCACUUUCGACUACGACGAGACCGAAUCCUCGGCGAAGCGAGGGAACUCUUGCACCACGCCGACGGCAAAUCGUGGCAAGAGCUAGCCGCCGAGAAGGAAAAAGAAGACAUCUUUGCCGAACCUCUUCCCCUGGAAGAGCUGCUCGAAUCGCCGAUGUCGUACCCCUUCCGCCUGCCCCGCAGUCGAUCGGCCGAUUGGUCGUCCAGCACGAGGGAAUCCUACCUAUCCCGAUGGUCGCGCGAAAACACGCCGACCGCCUGUACGGAACGGUACGCGCGUGACGUCCGUCGCAGCUAUACCCCCGUCAGGGAUAUUGCCGAUUCCAGAGUGAUUGAGGACGGCCGGCGACCGUAUUCCUCUUACAGUAAGCGCACGCCGAUCGGGUUUAUGACACUCCCCUACCGUACCAGCAUCAAUUACGCCGAGGAAGAGCAGCCCAUCCGAAAAUACGACGUCUUCCAGGUGCGCUCGUGGAGCUACCCGAUUUACAAGUAUUUGAACCACCGCGAGCACAACUAUGAACGGCCCUACUCGCUCGCCCGGGCUUACGGCACAACCCCCGCGUACACGACCCCAACAAUGACCAUCGACGCGAAAACACGCAUAGAUGGCAGAAGAGGCUACAGCGGCUACGCGUACAAGCCAAACGAACGCCAACUAUUGGCGCAGCAAUUACGCGUCAUCUCCGUGGCUCACUCCUCGCCACCACUACGCCAGUUCUGCACUCCGUCACUUCAGCGCUUAUCGACCCCAAAGCUACGCGUCAACCCGAUAUUUACGAUACUAAUAAAAAGGAGGUCCACUUUUCGGACGAAAAAUCGGCCGAAGACCCGCCACUACAAGCUACAACCACCGCCUCGCGUCUCAGACGAAAAAUGCGAAUGCACUACCCGACGCUUCAAUCUGACCGGAAGGCUGAUGGCGAGCCGGGGAGCCGGCCACUGCUGCCAGUCGAUCGUGCUGCUUCUCGUGCCUCUGAAGGACGACGCGUCAACUCUACUGCCUCUCUCGCCACUUCCGCAACGACUACGGCAGUACUCGACGGUU